AAAUAUAUAUUUGGGUAGAUUUAAACUCCUACCUGAGUUAAAUGUGAGGUAUUAAGGUAGGAAAAUGUCCGUCGAAUUAGAUCCAAACCGUGGACCCCUUACUCUUCAUCAUGACAAAUUUUGACAACUAUAUUGUACACCAACUUAAGGACCUACAGGAACUACGCACACGUAACUUUGAAGGAAUUUUAGCAUCACCAAGAAAUUUAGGACAAGCACCUGCCCAGCCCCUUAUCUGGCAGGAUUUUAGGUUCAAAGGUUAUCCAGACAAAUCUUUCCAGGCCCCUAAAGUUCCGAAAUAUAAGCGUCUAUCAUUAGAUUUAAUGAAUACAGAACGUGACGACCAGUAUUUUGGUAAAACCACACAUUUUGAUACAGAUAGAUAUUCUGUUCACCCGAGACAAAUCACAAAAAGAGCUGCAGCACGGAAAAAUCAAUCCUCACAACAGAAUCCAUUAAAGAUAUCUCCCCAUGUGGAUGAUAAAACAGAACAGUAUCCAAUCAGAGACCCUUUAGGUACCUUAACGGACCGAUCUGAAAAUCGUAGAUACCAAAUAAGAGAUCCCUACGGAGAUUUGACGGAGGAGCAUAAAUAUAAGCUCCAGCGGGAGAUGCGAGAUAUUGAGGAGGAUAGAAAACAAAGAGGUAUUAUAGAUAAACUUCGCACUGAAGAGAGACAAGAGGAGAGGCAAAAGUUCUAUGAAGAUCUAUACAGACAAAGACAGGAUAAGGAAAUGUUAACAAACUAUUAUCCAUGGGGUAAACCGGGAGGAGGGGCACCAAAACCCGAUAACAGAAAACAGAAGUUUUUAGAAACAGAUUUUGAAGGAAGUCCAACACCAAGUUAUAGAGAAAGAAUGCAUACAUUACCAGUUACCUCCCUUGAAAAAGACAGACAAGCUGUUGAGGAACGUUUCCGGUAUAAUGAAGAUAGGGGAGAGCAAGAAAAAUACCAUCAAGAAUUAGCAAAACAGAAAAAUGAUCAAGAAUUACGUCGACAAGAGGAUAGAUUAGAUAACUUACAGAGAGAAUUGGAAACGUUGAAAACUGACCAGUUUGGAAAACCUGGAGGAGGAGCUCCAAAUAGAACUACUUCAGGUAGCAUUAUAACUAAAAAAAAGAUGUACCAUUGCACAAACACGCUAGAAAUGUUGAGAAUACAGGCCAGAAAAUCAUUCACAGAGAGAAGAGAGAAGGAUACAUAUGACCCCUGGGGAAAAGGGUACGGGAAUGCAGACAGGUUGGCUGACGGAAGGGUCAAGCCACGUCCAAAUGCACUAGAAAAGGACAAGAAAAAGUCCAACUUUACUGGCCCUUUUAUCCAUAAAAGUAGCAAGCACAAUGACCCAAAUAGUGUAAAAUCAAAGGAAAAUAGGGUACCAGUAACAAAUAUUACACGAGAUCAUCGUAUAUCUACGGGACGUUAUAGCCCUUUUGGCAAAGGUUAUGGCCAUCCAGAGAGGGACAGAAAUGGGAAUGUUAAGGGGAGGAAAUCGACAUUAGAUACCAAUAAGCCGAAAGACCAAACUGAUUCUAGUCCAAAAAUGAGGAAAAAUAUAGUGCCUAAUGAUCAUAAAGUCAUCAAACGUGAUAAGGCAGCUUCACCUGUAGUCAGUCUGAACCAUGAAAACAAAAUUGACUGGUCGAACAAUUCUGGCUCUCCUCGUUGGGGAUAUGGCAUCGGAAAUCCACAGAGGAAUGACGACGGAAAAUUACAACCUAGAUCAUCUCUGCUAGAAAAGAAAAAGUUUGGAGAGCUUACAGCCAGAGAAGGUACCCCAGAAACCAAUAUAAACAGAGACAUGAGGAUACCAUUUCGUCCUGGUAGUCCCUGGGGUAAGGGGGUUGGUAACCAGCAGUAUGACAGUGACGGAAAUGUGAUUGCAAAGAAAUCAAUGUCACUUGAUAAAAAUAAGCCAAUAGAUGCUAAUGGUCCCAAUACAGAGAGGAAAAAGGGAACUUACAAUCCAACUCAAGGACUCACUGUUUCUCCAAGGAGAAACCAUACUCCAGAAAUAAAGCUGCAUUCCAACAGACCCACUGUAAACAACAAAGAGGACUACUUUCCAUAUGGACAGGGUUAUGGAAAUCCCAAAAGGGAUGACCUUGGAAAUGUUCCCAGAAAAAUGGCUACUCUCAAUGCAAAUAAGCCUAUAGGCAAUUUAAAAGGACCAACAAGGUCAUAUGAACCAUCAUUACUUGUAUAUGGAGGUGAAACAACACCAGAAGAUGGGCAAAUGAGUCCUGACAGUCCUAGCCUGAACAGGGAACGAGUUCAGAGUCCAUGGGGGAAAGGUUAUGGUAAUGCUCAGAGAUCAUCUGAUGGCACUAUACUCCGUAAAUCUACAACAUUGGAUACCAAUAAGCCAGCAGACGGCCCUAGUACAGAAAAGAAAAAGAAGCCAUAUGACCCAACAGCAGGAGGUAUUGUCAAUUCUCCAAGGAGAAAACAAACACCAGAUAUAAAACUAAAUUUAAAUAGACAGCCACCCAGUUUUGAUGAAAAUUAUACUCCAUGGGGGAGUGGAGGUGGAAAUCCUGUCAGAGAUGAUGACGGGUAUAUUCAACCUAGAGGUCAAACAUUGGAUGCGACAAGGCCUGUAGACAAUGGACCUACUGAGAAAAAGAAAAAGACUUACUUUGACCCAUCAUCAGGGAACCAACCUUCAGCCAGAGGAAGUCAAACUCCUGACAUCAAGCCAAGUUUUAACGGUCAGUUACCGAGCAAUGAAGGAGAGUAUGAUCCGUGGGGAAAAGGGGGAGGAAACCCCAAUUAUGAUGACACAGGAAACAUAAAGAAGAAAGUUUCAACCUUGGAUAGUAGAAGGCCACCAGACGGUAUGACUGAUGAAAGUGGAAAUCAACUUAGACGUCCAAAACCUAUGUCAGACUUGUCCUUUAUGGCAAAUAGAAAUAGAACACAAAACAGAACACCUGAUGGGGGUAAUAGAAUAUCAAGUGGAGGGAGAAGUUCUGACCCUUUUGGAUUUGGCAAAGGGGCAGGAAAUCCCAAUUAUGAUGAAGAUGGAAAUGUGGUCAGACAUUCAAUGACCUUGAAGCUUGACCCUUCAGAGAGUUCAUAUGAUGAUAAUACAAGAAAAAGGGCUAGAGCUAAGGAAUACUAUGACUUCUUGAGAGGUCAAGAAGAAGAACAAAGAAGAAACAAGCAAGAGAUAGAAUGGCACAUGAAAGCACCGAUUGGAGAAUUAGCUUCUAUAAUGGGGUCUAAAAAUGUAGGCAAGCCAAUUAAAGACCCGUACACAGGUGAACUUAGAAAUCAUCAUCUAGGUAACUCUGAUGUUACGUUACAGAAAAUGAACUAUCAACCAAAAGCUGAAACAGAAAAGAAGAAAUAUCAUGAAGAUCUGUCCCAGUUAGCAGACGAGAGAAUGAGAUACCGACAGUUGAAUAGACUAAAGGAAAAUCAGGAGGGCAUGCUGCAUCAACAUACGAUGGACGCAAUGUGGGGGAGACCAGGAGGCGGAGCACCGAAGGGAUACAAUCUCCGCAAAUUCAAUCUGGAAUCCACACUUCAUCACCCAACAAAAGAUCAGACAACUGAAGAAUAUAUAAAAAAGAAGGACUGGUCACAAGUUCCACAAGAGGGUAAUCCAUUUACUCAAAAUGAUGACAAUUACAGUCCUAGAUUUCAACCUAAUAAGUAUGUUAGAAGCACCAUUACAAGCACACAUGCCAAUUUAUAUGAAUAUCCAGAACAUCUCAAGGACAAAAAUUAUGCACUGAGUGAACCCUAUGCCACUUAUUAAAAGACUUGUUACCAUAGAAACAGAAAGUGAUGUGAUUCUCAGGAGAACAGACAGUAUUGCACAAUCUUUAGACAGAUGUCUUAAAUCGUUUUACUUAUAAAGUAUUAUAUUAUUGUAUAGAAAAUGUUCAGAUUAUAAGUAAAUUAUGCAACUUUAUGGGAAUUCUCUUAUAAUUAGAGUUGUCUCCCUAACCUGAAAACCUUGCAAAGGUUAUAACCUUUUCAAGUUCAACUUCGUUUUUAAUUUUGUUAAAUUGUUACAAGGGGACAGUAAACUAACUGAAAUUCAAAGAAAACUUAUGAGUAAAAUAUUUUUAACCUUUUACUGAGGAAAUGUUCAAAACACUAUUUAGAUGUUUCAUAAUUUCAUUCAUAGAUGCAUUAUUUUGUAUCAUCUACACAAAAAGGAGAAUUGUGGGCUCCAUGCAGAAAUCAUUAUUUUGAAUUUGUUUGUUACAUUUGAAGUUUUUGUUGUCUUUGCCCUUUUGGCUUCUCUCUUUUCGAUUCAUACUUAUGAGAAGCAUUUUCAAGGGAAGAUUUUGUGCUUUAUUAAUCAUUAAUCUAUUUAUAUGCAUUCUCUAGAUCUUUCCCUACAUUAUGGACAAUUUAUUCAUGAUUUGAUCAAAUAUAUUUAUAUUGAUAUACCUAUAAUAAAGCUGAGUUACAAAAGCAUAUAAGAAAUAUAUAUGCUACAUACCAAUAGCAAAAUGUUCCAAUAAGACAGAAUUAAAAUCAAGUUAAAAAUUUAUGAUUUUUUUUUCAACAUAAAAUUUUUGCUUCAUUUAAUUUCCUUACCCACAUUAGUUGAUUAUCAAAGAUUUUAAAGAUCAUGAUUAUGAUUAAUCGUUGUUGAAUUUGUUGAUGAACUUUUGUUGAAUUUGAAUCGAUCAUGAUUAUUCGGCCCAGUACCUAUGUUGAAGAUUGCAACUAUUGUUACAGAUUGUUGAAAGUUAUUUUGUGGUAUUUGGGUUAUAAUAUUUGUAAAUAAGCAUCAUAAUGCACAUAUGUUUUGUUGAAUUGUUGACCAGUCCAGUUACCCAGUGUCUUUUCAUAUAUUGUACAUUUUUACUUUUUUAUUUAAUCAAAAAAACUUCAGUGUCAGCUGUGAUGUCUUUCUUGUAAUAAUGUGAUACUUAUAUUGUGAAAUUUUAUUUUUACAUGUUAAACUUUUUUUUCUAUGUUUUAGAUGAAUAUUGAUUUAAACAAAAUAUUUUAUGUGCUUUGAUACAAUUUUAAUUUUGUUUCUUUAAUCUCUAUCUAUGCAGUUAAUGAUUUUUUAUUGUGACUUUGAAUUCUAUUUAUUAUUUUAUAUAAUUUUAUGUUUAUGAAAUAUGCAUUUACAACCAUAUUCAGAAAAAUGUUAAAGUUGGAUUUUUUAAUCUCCACAUUCCAUUGAAAAAUUAAAAAUUCUUUUGCCUUCAAUUAUAAAUCAUUUUUUUUAUAAUUAAUGAUAGUAUACAUUGAUAAAGUUCCAGAUUUUAUUAAUAUUAUCUGUUUUAUAGAUAAGUUUUUGUCAACUUUGAUGAAUCUUCAGUUUUAACACCAAAAACAAGUUUUCAAUGUUCAAAUUGAUUUGAUUCUAGAUUUUAUUACCUUGGGUACCAAAAGUGAGUACCUUGACUAAAAUGCAGUCUUCUGAAAUGGUCCAGAAUUUAUUUAUAUAUGACUGUGAUAUAAUGUUCAAUAUUCCGUCCCUCUUUGUUUCUACUGUUUUUGUUAGUUAUAGAGAUAUAUGUAUACCAUGUUAUGUGUACAAUAAAACUUCUACUUAAA